CUUUUACCACUCACAGAUCGGAGGAUAAUGCAGCUUGUGGUAUUAUUAUUAUAGCUACUCCAAGGGGUAUAUCUGUUUAAAGGAACCCUGAUUAAAAAAUCGACCAUGAACACAAUUCGCCAGAUUCAAUCGCUCAAUAAGCGCGAACUUGAAAAUGCCGUACCACCUGAAGCUUCAUGGCACGCAGAUUACCGUGAUACAGCCUACAUAUACAUCGGCGGCCUCCCUUACGAUCUAUCCGAAGGAGAUGUCGUGACUAUCUUCUCACAGUUCGGCGAACCAGUCCACGUCAAUCUUGUCCGCGAUAAGGAAACAGGAAAGAGUCGAGGUUUCGCCUUUUUGAAAUAUGAAGACCAGCGUAGCACUGACUUAGCUGUCGAUAAUCUGGGCGGCGCCACAGUUCUCGGGAGGAUACUUCGCGUGGAUCAUGUGAGAUACAAAAGACGGGAGGAUGAAGGAGAAGAAGAUAAUAUUGCAAAAUUACUUGGGGAAACCGCAGUAGAGCAUGCGAGCGAUAGGGGGGCAGAUGGUGAAAGGCAAAAGCGGAGAAGAGGGGAUGGCGACGCGGCAGAAGAGCGGAGGCGACCUUUGUUGAAAGAGGAGAUAGAGCUGGAGAAGUUGAUACGAGACCAUGACGAGGAAGACCCGAUGAAGGAGUUUCUCAUCGAAGAAAAGAAGGAGGAAGUCAGUCGGGCUCUGGAAAAAUGGAAAAGCGAGGAAAAGAAGUCUCGACGACGGGAUGACAGCCGGGACAGAUCUAGUCGAUAUCACCGUCAUCACCGUCAUAGGAGGCAUCGCGAACACCGGUCGCGCUCUCGGGAGAGGAGUCAUCGGGAAAAUAAGUUGACUUCAAGGGAUGAGAGGUCUUACAGAGACAAAUCACCAUCAAGGGAAAGGUCCUACAGAGAGAGAUCGCCAAGGAGAUCACGGUCUCCUCAUGCACGACAACAAGGAGACAGAUCUGAUCGCCGACGAUGA